AUGGCUCCUUCCUUUGUAAUGCCUGUCGUGUCAUUAGCACCGCUUUCUGUUUCUCCUGCAUCCUCUACGACAUUAACUUUCAUGGUGAUUGCACCAUGUUACCGCAACAACUCAACUCGAGUCUCAAUAUUGGGGUUACAGUUGCUCGUCUUGGAGAGGUGCGAGUUUGAUGCGGAAACUAGCAAUGGGGUUGUUCCACAAUCCACCUCUUCACCUCAAGUGGUGGGGCGGUGGGGCGAAAGGGAGAGGGAAUUUCCAUUAAAGAAGAGAAGAAGUGAUGAUCACAACAACAAUGGAAACAAGAAGAUGAAGAAGAAACAAGAAGAACAUCAAUCCAAAAUGGGUCUCAACCUCGCCGGAAAAAGGAAAUCGAGAGGCGGCGCUUUAAUGGAGGGAUCUCGGUGCAGCCGCGUCAAUGGAAGAGGGUGGCGCUGCUGCCAACAGACCCUCGUUGGUUACUCUCUCUGUGAACAUCACUUGGGAAAAGGUCGCCUCCGCAGCAUGAACAGCGUCCGCAGCCGAUCCUCGCCCGCCACCGUCGUCGAGAAAGAAGAUAACAAGAAGCCUUCUCCAUCACCAUCUCCACGCCCACCAUUGACACUGACUAGUAAGAAGAGAACGAAGCUCGGUGUAGUGAAAGCAAGGUCGAUAAGCAGCUUGCUCGGCCAACCCGACGGCGUGAUGGCGGUGGCACCACCUCCGCCUCUACCUCCUACACCGCCGGAUGACAACAUUGACGGUAAGAAAUUAUAAUUUACUAUUUAAUCCAUCCUUAAUAUUUUAGG